GUGACGAGGGUUGGGCAGCCCACGCUCCCUCCUCCUGGCUGUUCGUUCCCGUGUUUUCCGGCGGAGGAAGGUUCAGAGCAUGGAGAAUGAUGAACUUCCGUCAGAGGAUGGGAUGGAUUGGUGUGGGGUUAUACUUAAUAGCAAGUGUGGCGGCAUUUUACUAUGUCUUUGAAAUCAUUGAGACUUACAACAGACUAGCACUGGAGCAUAUCCAGCAACCUCCUGAAAAACUGAGGGAAGACACAACCUGGAUGCACUCCUUAAAAACACAGCUGCUGUCCGUACCCUUUUGGCUAUGGACUAUUAUCUUCUUGAUCCCUUAUUUACAAAUGUUGCUGUUCCUUUAUUCCUGUACAAGAGCUGAUCCCCAAAUGGUGGGCUACUGUAUCAUUCCUAUUUGCCUGGCUGUCAUUUGCAAUCGUCACCAAACAUUUGCGAAGGCCUCCAACCAAAUCAGCAGACUGCAACUGACUGACACUUAAACCCAUCUGCGUUUCCCAAUGAACGCUUUUAGAUAACCUGAAGGAUCUUGGCUGCAUCAGUUGAACAUACAAACGGAAUGUGAAAUUCUUUUUCUCCAUGUUAACUGCUGAAUAGAACAUCAACCUUUUAUUUUUUUGAAUAAGUUGACUUUGAGUAUGGUUGCAUUCCAUUUGGUGGAAUAACUGAGCUUUCUUUGAGACUAGAGGAUGACAUUCUUCAUAUUUGCCUUAUAAUGCAGAAUUUCUACACUCCUGAAGUUUUUGUGGAGAAAACCUAUUUGAAACCUUAUGUCACUGUGCGCUCCCCCCUUUUAUCUUCAAGCUCCCCUCAGGAGGACGAUCAGUGAAAACG